UUGCAGCCCGGGCGGGUUGGCUGAAGGGUGGAGACUGAGCAGGCAGUGAGGAGGGAGGCAGCGAGGACCUCAGCUGGAGCAGAGAGAGAAAGAGGGGCGAGGACGGCGUACGGACAGGGGAGUGUGUGUGGAUGUAAUCUGCUGCCUCUGUGACUAACUCUGUGUGUGUGUGAGUGUGUGAGUGAGUGUGUGUGUCAGGAAGAGAUCAGGAGAGGGGCGAACGUGUGGAUACUCCUCCACAGCACUGCAUGUGUGGGGCUUCACAAAAACGAUCCCAAACAAAGUAAGUGUGGCAGACCCAAACGACUGGCUGACACCAGGGCAGGAGGCGAAGGAGGAGUAAGCAGACUAGGCUGAAGAGACGAGAACUGACGCGGAGCGCCCAUGGCGAGUAAUAACACAGCCAGCAUCGCACAGGCCAGGAAGCUGGUGGAGCAGCUGAAGAUGGAGGCCAACAUUGACAGGAUAAAGGUGUCCAAAGCAGCGGCAGACCUGAUGUCUUACUGCGAAGCUCAUGCCAAAGAGGACCCCCUGUUAUCACCGGUGCCGGCAUCAGAGAACCCGUUCAGGGAGAAGAAGUUCUUCUGCUCCAUCCUGUAAACUCAGCAUGGCCCUUCAGCCGUCUCCCGCGGGAAGGGACUUUGAACGCGGACGUUCAGAUUACACAGAAGUCCUCUAUCGCUUGGCAUUUAAAGAGCGUGAAAAAUCCAAACUACAGAGUAAACAUGUAACCAACGAAGGGGCUGUUAUUAUUUUUUUGAGGGCGUAGAAGGGAUCUGUACUUUUUAGAUGACUCAAAAUGAAUGAUGGUUGGGGUGAGAAAGAUGAUAAUCACCCGGCGAUGUGACGGACAGCCGAUCAACCUACGGUGUUUUCAGGUUGUAAUGUGUAAACACUUAAAAAAGGAUGACACGGUCCUGACAAUAUUUAGUUGUUCUCUGAGGAGCUUUAGGCGUUCCUUUUUUGUGGUUUGGAUGGAGCAUUGUAGGAAAGCAGCCAAAACCCCCGCCAACCAUACUGUAUGUAGGUGAUUAAUGAAGCCGUUUUCUUUUGUUCUUUCUUCUGUUUUAUAAACCAACAGGUUAGCGAAAAGCUUUUUUUAAUUGCAGGAUGUUCCUCUCUGUACACCUUUCUGAAAGCCAGUUUCUGCGUAUUUAAAUCUAUCAGGCAGAUUUGUCUUCUUUAGACACAAUCCCUCUUUCUACUAUUUGUACAAAGUGACAAGCUGAUGAACUGUGCUGUGUUGUGAGCUGAAUAUGUAUGUGUUUGUAUUAUUAAAUGGACAAAUUGUC